AGGAUAAAGCGGAUCAGAAAAAUGGAUGGCUAGAUGGAUAUUAAUCAAGGGACCACUCAGUGUCGUCGGACCACGGGCCGCCAGUUGCCCACACUGCCUGAUUUACACACAAGCGUGCAGAUAUGCGCAUCUUCUCACUCGUCUCACUCACUACCCCAAGCAGAGGGAAGCCGCUAAAAGGAUGCUUAGGUUCUCACUCCACAAGCGCGCGUCCUCGACCUCUCCCGCCGACUGUCGAACAUGCGUGUGACGCCGAGAAGUCUACUUAAACUGGAAUUAACUCGCUCGCAAUCGUCCUUUUAAGUGCGCGCAGAAACUAAGCCUGCAGACGCCAUUCACCGAGGGGGGAGACGAGCUCACUCACACAAAGCUUGCACGUAGCAGCUGUUCUGGGUGGGCAAGUUGCGUCCGAAGCAUUUAUUUCCACACGUGUCGUGGCUGGGAGUAAAAUGCAAUAUCAAUCGGAUACUUUUUCGCGUUUUAAGUGAGAUUUUAUCCGAAUGAACAGCAGUCAUGGGAGAGUGGACCAUAUUGGAGCGUCUCUUGGAGGCAGCAGUACAGCAGCAUUCGACGAUGAUCGGAAGGAUCCUGCUGACCGUGGUGGUGAUUUUUCGCAUUCUGAUCGUGGCAAUAGUUGGAGAGACAGUGUACAACGAUGAGCAGUCCAUGUUUGUAUGUAACACCUUACAGCCAGGCUGUAACCAGGCUUGUUACGACAAAGCCUUCCCCAUCUCUCACAUCAGGUACUGGGUGUUCCAGAUCAUUAUGGUCUGUUGCCCCAGCCUUUGCUUUAUCACCUACUCUGUCCACCAGUCUGCCAAGCAGAAGGAGCGACGCUACUCCACAGUUUACCUCUCACUGGACAAGGAGCAGGACACGAAAAGAGACGACAGCAAGAAGAUCAAGAACGCGAUCGUUAAUGGCGUGCUACAGAACACAGAGAACACCAACAAGGAGGCAGAACCUGAUUGCCUUGAGGUCAAGGACGCCCCCAAUUCAGUCAUGCGUACGACUAAGUCCAAAAUGAGAAGACAGGAAGGCAUAUCCAGGUUCUACAUCAUUCAGGUGGUGUUCAGAAAUGCACUGGAGAUCGGAUUUCUUGUGGGUCAAUAUUUCCUUUAUGGAUUCAACGUCCCUGCUGUGUAUGAGUGCGAUCGAUACCCUUGCAUCAAAGACGUCGAGUGUUAUGUUUCCAGGCCUACCGAGAAGACGGUGUUUUUGGUCUUCAUGUUUGCAGUCAGUGGAAUUUGCGUGGUGCUCAACUUAGCAGAGCUCAACCAUCUCGGGUGGCGGAAGAUCAAAGCUGCCGUUAGAGGAGUGAGAGCCAGGAGGAAGUCUAUUUAUGAAAUCCGCAACAAAGACUUGCCAAGGAUGAGUAUGCCCAAUUUUGGACGCACUCAAUCCAGUGACUCUGCAUAUGUAUAAAUAUGUGUAUCACAAAAAAUUAAAAAAAAUUAAAAA